GUUUGAAUAAUCAAUACAUUAUUUUGCUAUAUUUCCUCCCAACAGGAAGUGGUCGAUGAAGCACAAGACCAGCGUUGCCAUGGGUUUGCGCGCGUUUAAUAUUCAGUUCGGCAAUACCAUUGUGCGCCAAGGGGAUCCUAUUAGAGGGUUCUUUUUUGUCCUCCACGGCCAAGCUAAAAUUUCGAUGGAACCUGCGUUACAUGUCACACAGUAUCCUGAUAUGUGCCUAGAAAAAACAGACUCCGCUCUGAACGGGAUUCUGGCAGAGCUGUUACCGGGCAGGAAAGUAAAGGACAAAAAAGAUAAGUCUCACAAUCUACGGCUCAGUGGUCCGAAUCUAUCCAGGCGUCGUGACGGUUACGCCGCUGCCGAACGUCAACGAAACGUGAGAACUAUCGACGUCUGCCUGGUUGGUAGUAAUGACAUCAUAGGUGACACUGAGAUUGCGUUCAACAUGGAUACCUACAUGCAGACAGUGACAUGUAUACAAAAUGCACGUGUCUACGAACUCGAUUUGAAAAACUUCGAGAGGCUGGUUGUGAAAAGGAACCCAGAAACGCUGAAAGUGAUGAAGAGCAUAGUUGAAGUGAAAUUAACAAGUCGCCUUAAUAGUGCCAAAAAAGCAAAGGUGCCACUGUUGAGUAUUUUAUUGGAGAAAAUAAUUGAGAUGAACAAACCACCACCGGUGAAAGACAAACGACGCAGAAACGAAGACAACGAACUUGAUCGGCGCUGCUCGAAAGAUCCAUUGCUUCCACCGAGAGGACCGAUAAUCGACCAGUUUGGUCCAGGCUCGUUGAUGUAUCGAAACAAAGUGAAGGAAAAACAACGGCGGCGCUUUCACGAGAGGAGGCUGAGAACAACGACAAGGAAAAAAGCUGAUUUAAUUGAUCCGAUAACCGGGAAGAUGAAUGUAAAUCCGGCAUUAGCCACUCAAAUGAAUACGACCAAUAACCACACACAGACCGGAAAAGGUAAAACCCGUCCAUAUACUGCUCCAGGUGCGAUUACUACGGAAUCGACAUUUAAAGGUUUGCAUGCCGUCAUAGAAGACGACGAUGAAAAAGACUCCGUGUACGAGGCUACCGAUACCGAGCUCUCGUUGUUGGAAGACCGUAUCAGGAAUUGGCACUCAUAUGAGGAUGAGACAAAGCCACUGAUAGUCCCCCGACCGCAGAAAUUACACCGAGUAAAACUAAGUAAAGACAGCUGGGCAAGAAAGAGGAUUUCUCCGCGGGUUAAGGGGUGCAAAAGCGCAAAGAGUGAAACAAAUAUAAACAAUACCAAAAUGUACAUGCAUGACAGAACCGUCGCGUUUCAAGAAAAUAAUAAUCAUGCCGGGGACGAGGAGUUCAUGGAAAAUAGCACAUCGGGAAAACGAAGCAUUCACACCGACGGCGAUACGGCGUAUGAUAGCGGUAGGGAAAGUAAUAUAGAAUCUGAUAAAGAAGAUGAAGCGACUCCUACUGGAAAAGUGUCAUCCGUCCCAACGCCAUCGACCUCACCUUUGACCUCAAAGAAAUAUUACACACUCCGAAAGAUAAAACCGAGUCGAUCCUACUCUGCAGAAGACUACAAAGCGUUGAGAGAACUGCUUCGUAAAGCACAGAAGCGGCAAGGACAUAUGUUGUCUUCAUCAGUAUGUCCAAAAGAGACAAGGGAGUAUCCAGAAGUUGAUAAUCUUGGGAGAAACGUAACCAUUUUUUCUCCUGGGAGUCGAUUGGUAAAAUGCGCCCACAUCACUGAGGGAGUUGAGAGUAAUCGUUUGGUAAGCUAUGAUGUGGUUCUGGUUCCGUCGAUCAUCGGUUGUCGUUCUAAUGAACAACCCGAAGGCCUCUGA